UGCUUAUAAGCAAUAUCGUAUACGAUAUUAAUAAGUUAAGCAUUAUACAAAUUAUUUUCAUAUCACUGGUAUACAUAUAAUUUACUGUUUUAGAUAAAGUAAAAGUUUUAGGGGAACAAUUAGAUAUGGAACAUUUGUUUGCACAAAAUUCAUGUAAAAGGGGUUUUCAUGUUCAAGUUGAACUAAAGAAUAUUAAAAAUUUCAAUGUCAAACAUCCUCCGAGUAUAUGUAAAAAUGUUGAAUGCGUAAAAAAUAUUGUAAAAUUUACAACGGAAGAUUUAUUAGUGCUAAAUAUUCGUAUUACUCAAGCCUUAAAUGAAGUAGAAAUAUUGACUAAUGCAAUAUUAAAUGAAAUGCUAAAAGAGUUAAGAAAAUAUAUUAGUUGUAUAUACGAUCUGUGUAAUGGUAUUGCUGACUUAGACUUGAUAUUUUCAUUCGCUCAAUAUAGUACGCGUUCAGGAUCAACUAGACCCAAAUUUGGACAAUACAUGGAUAUCAAAAGUUCAAGACAUCCAAUAUUAGAUAUUAUUAAUUCAAUUGUUACAAUUGAUAACGAUAUUUUUGCUUCAACUGAUAAGAAUUUAAAUAUCAUCACCGGACCUAAUAUGGGUGGAAAAAGUAUUUAUAUACGUCAAGUGGCAUUAUUGCAAAUUAUUGCUCAGAUCGGAUGUUUUGUACCUGCAACAUUUGCUCAGUUUCGUAUUUGUGAUCGAUUGUUUACGAGAAUUGGUUUUGGAGAUAGCAUAGAAUCGAAUGCAUCAACAUGGGUUUUAGAGGUAUUACAUCUAAUAUUGAUUGUUCAUGCAACCCGGACAACGCUUAUAAAAGAAUUAAAUGGUAUACUUCCUUCACUUACGAAACAUAGUUUAGUAAUUAUUGAUGAAUUAUGCCGAGCUACUUCUUGCGAAGAAGGAUCAAGUUUAGCAUGGGCAAUUUGUGAACACAUAAUGCAAUCUUGUGCUUUUAUAUUUUUUGCUACGCACAGUAUUUUGAUAACAAAACUUCAAGAUUUAUACUGCAAUGUAUUAAAUUAUCAUAUGGAGGCAUUACCCGCGAGAGAUUUUACGACUAGAUUGACUUAUACGUAUAAAUUAUGCCCUGGAGUAACGAAUUUUGAUGACUAUGGACUAACCUUGGCUAGGGAUGUAAAAAUGCCUGAACAUUUAAUUGAAAAUGCUAUAGAAAUUGAGAAAUGUUUACGUCAAACAAGAGUAGCGUUACCAGACAAUCCAUCAAAUGAAGCAGACUUGAUUUUGGAUAAUUGUAUUCAAAACCUGUUAAACAUGAAAGAUACAGAAUGUCUCAAUAUAUCAAAUAUUCAGUCGGUUGUAUUAGAAAUGAUGAAUAAACUAAAAGAGAACAGAAGAAAAAACAUUGAUCCAUUGAUGGAAUAUAUAGAUUCUGAUAAUGAAGUAUAGGUAUACUAGUAUAUACGUAUAAAGAUUAAAUAGAUUAAUUGAUUAUAAUACAUCAUCAAUAAAUAAUUCUACAUAACUUACAGAAAAAUAU